AUGGGAGCCCUCGACGAACUGACGGCAGGUGAGUGCGACCUGGUCGUCGGUCUCUACGGAUCUGCUGCUCCAGGAGCUGCGCCGGCGAAAGGAAGAAGGCGAGCGGCCGCAAUGCGGCUCGCGGAAGUCGGGAUGGUACGAUACAGUGGCGCACAUCUUUGCGCUGCUGCUGAUAUUGACGCUGAACGAACGACGACGGGCAAGCGACAGCGAACGAUAAUAUUCUACUGCCAGCACGUCGGCACCGGCGUGCUGCUCGCCACGGCCUUUGUCCACCUCCUGCCGACGGCCUUUGAGUCGCUCACGGACCCAUGCCUGCCGCACUUCUUCAGCAAGGGCUACAAGCCGCUACCGGGCCUCGUGGCCAUGAUCUCGGCGAUAAUUGUCGUCGGCGUCGAGUCGUACCUGACGGCGCGCGGCGCGGGACAUUCGCACUCGCACGCGCACGGCCUGUUUGACGAGAGCGACGGGGCGAGCAGCGACGGCCACUUCCACGACGUGGACCUCAACGACAACGAUGCCGGCGGCCUGUCGGCGACGAGGGCGCGGGGACACCGGCCUGCGGACAUUUCGCUGGAUGACAUGGAGGCGACGCAGGGGCUCGUGGCGGGCGUAUCGCCGCUGCCCGAGUCGACGCCCGCGGCCACGCCGCGGAAUCGCAAGUCUACGGACAGGGAGUUUGACGACGGCGACUCGGACCUGGACUUGGAUAUGGACGAGCUGGACCCCGCGCCGACGAGCGACAACCGCAAUGGGCCGUACGCGUCGCUCAAGCCCAAUGGCGUCGGUAGCAGCAGGGGGGACGUCGAUUCGGGGCUGCCGCCGCAGACGCCCGAAGAGCAGAAGCGCCAGCUGCUGCAGUGCCUCCUCCUCGAGGCGGGCAUCCUAUUCCACAGCGUCUUCAUCGGCAUGGCCAUCUCGGUGGCCACGGGCCCCGCCUUCGUCGUCUUUCUCGUGGCCAUCAGCUUCCACCAGUCAUUCGAGGGCCUGGCGCUGGGGAGCCGGAUCGCCGCCAUACAGUUCCCGCGCGGGUCGAUCCGGCCGUGGCUCAUGGUGCUCGCGUACGGGGUGACGACGCCGCUGGGGCAGGCCAUCGGGCUGGCGGUGCACACCAUGUACGACCCGGCGUCGAUGGGCGGGCUGCUGGUCGUGGGCUUUAUGAACGCCAUCUCGAGCGGCCUGCUGCUGUACGCGGGGCUCGUGCAGCUCCUGGCCGAGGACUUCUUGACCGAGAAGAGCUACAAGGUGCUCAAGGGGCGGAAGCGGCUACACGCGUACCUGGCCGUGUGCGGCGGCGCGGUGCUCAUGGCCUUGGUGGGAGCGUUUGCGUGA